AUGUCGGUCAUGUGAUCAGCUGUGUCCAAUCAUGUGGCACUGAUGAUCAGUGUGCCCUGAUGAUCAGUGUGGCCCCAGAAGUGCCACCUGUCCAGUGCUCAUCAGUGCCACGUGCCAGUGCCCAUCAGUGCCACAUCAAUGCCACAUAUCAGUGCAUACCAGUGCACAUAAAUGCCACAUAUCAGUGCCCAUCUGAGCUGCCUUUCAAUGUCACCCAUCAGUGCCAGUCAGUGCCACCUAUCAAUGCCAACCAGUGCCACCUAUCAGUGCUGACAAUCAGUGCCACCUAUGAGUGCCAGUCAGUGUCGCCUAUCAGUGCGCAUCAGUGUGCAUCAGUGCCAGUCAGUGCUGCCUAUCAGUGCCAGUCAGUGCCGCCUAACAGUGCCAGUCAGUGC